AUGGCUUCUGGAUUCCUCGACGCCCUUUUGCGUCGCCCGCAGAGGCUGAUUCUGCUCGUCACCCUCUUCCUUUUCGUCCUCGUCUUUUCGACCUACGUCUCCUUCUCUGCAAAUGGCGUUCAAAAUUUCCGCGAUCGCUUGAACUCGCUUCCUGCCUUCGCCAGCCCAUGGCAGGCUUCCAGCAAAGGCACACCGUCUUUCCCGGCACCGAGUUCGGUCGCUGAUAUGUACACUCACAACCCUGGUACGCCUUCCUCGAUUGACGAGUUGUCGAAAUGGGCGCAGAAGGGAGACGACGGCAACCUGUAUCCUCCUACAUUUAUCCCACAGAUGGCUAACCAAGGUCCACGCGCCAAAGCUGGCUUUAUCGUCCUCGUUCGAAACGCCGAACUCUUAGGCAUGCGCGAAUCUAUGCGAGACGUUGAAGAAAAGUUCAAUCGCAAGUAUGGCUACCCUUGGAUCUUUCUCAACAACGAGCCCUUCACCGAAGAAUUCAAGCGAGGUGUUCGCCAGAUGACCCGCAGCGAAUGUCGAUUCGGCUUGAUCCUCAAGGAGCACUGGGGCUAUCCCGACUGGAUCAGCCAGGAGAAGGCCGCAGAGACUCGCGUCAAGAUGAAAGAUGUCAUCUACGGCUCAUCGGAAAGCUACCGCCACAUGUGCCGAUACCAGUCUGGAUUCUUCUUCCGCCACAACCUCACGCUCGAUCUGGACUACUAUUGGCGUGUCGAGCCAGGUAUCAAGCUCUAUUGCGAUCUCGACUACGAUCCUUUCGUCUUUAUGCAGAUGAACAACAAGACUUAUGGCUUCACCAUGGCGCUCUACGAGUACAAAGAGACUGUGCCGACAUUGUGGUCCGAGACGCAGAAGUUCUUCGCCCAGCAUCCCGAGCACCUCGCCAAGGAUCCAAGUUAUCACUUCUUGGGCGACCACCCGGAGCAAGGCAUUCAAGAUACAUGGGUCGGCGCCCACUAUUGGUCCAACUUUGAAAUCGGCGACCUUCGUUUCUGGCGAUCCAAGACGUACCUCGACUAUUUUGAAUGGCUCGACAAAGCAGGAGGAUUCUUCUACGAGCGAUGGGGAGACGCGCCCGUUCAUUCCAUUGCUGUUUCUCUCCUCCUCGAUCGAAGCCGACUUCACUUUUUCGAUGAUAUUGGCUACUUCCACAAUCCGUGGAAUCACUGUCCCGCCAAUCGCAAAAAGUACCAUGACACGGGUCGAUGCAAUUGUGAUCCCAAGCAGUCGUUUGAUAAUGAGGGAUACUCUUGUCUGCCCAGGUGGUGGAAAGGCUCUCCGGAGGGCUAUCCAAAGUGA